UCUACGUGCCGGUGAGACGAACCAGACGGUAACAACGAGGGUGAGCAAACCGGAAGUAGAGUCGGGCUAGAUAACUACGGCGAGCGAAGAAGCACAAAACACACUACGUCAAUACUCAAAAGCCAACAGCCAGGGCUCGUGAUGGCUGCCACUCGGUACCGCCGCUUCCUCAAGUUGUGUGAGGAAUGGCCCCUGGACGAGAGCAAGAAAGGCCGAGAUUUAGGAACUUUUCUUCGGCAGCGAGUAGCAGCCACCUUCCGAGAGGGUGAAAACACGCAGAUCGCAGAUACUGAGAAGUGUGACCAGAUGUUUGAAAGCCUGGCUAGAAUGAAUGCAAAUACAUACAGACAACGAUUUCCUCGGGUGAGAGACACAAGCUUCACUGGGGUCACAGCAGAAGAGUGUAAAUUACUGUUGUCAGGCAGCGUGCAACAGACUGAUGACGAAAAGAAGAGCUUGUGGAGAACGUUAACUGAGAGGUUUUCCUCCAAAUCAGACGAAAGUCCGGAGAAAGCAUCUGAAAAAUAAACUUCAUGCAAUUUUUA